AAACCCAUUGCAAUUUGUCUAUAACCAAAUUACCAGUAAAGGCUUUCUCUGUUUAGUUGUUGUGAUACGAACCUACCAUGAAAGUAUUAGGACUCCUCUUAGCUGGUCUUCUGGCGAGCUCGGCGGCAGUGACAGACCAUCAAAGAGUUAGUGCGAGGUUUAUCGAAGGCAUCGUAGCUGGUGCUAUCGAGGACCUCAGCAAUAACAUCAGGGAGCGAGGCUUGGACCCGCUGUUAAUAUCGCAUUCAAUUGAUAAAAGACCUCCAGUUACAGAGCUCUUCGUACUUAAAGCUGAGAUCGAAGAGUUACUUGUGGUCGGCAUGAGUAAAAUCGUGCUGGAUCGUAUGACCUACAGCAUCCUCUUCUCAACACUCACCUUCGAGGUUUCUUUACCUGGCAUUUUCAUCAGCAUUGCUUCCUCGAGCGUUGAUAUAAAAAUGUUGGGCAACAAAUUUGAUGGCUCUAUCAGUGGAAGCGUGAAUAUUAUUGACACUAGAAUUAGUGGUCGGGCCAGGAUAAGACUUGGUAUCGGUGGAGCUACCAUCACUGCAUUGACUCUCGACCAUUCUAUACGUGACAUUGAGUCUGAUUUGGUAAUCUUCGUACUUGGCGAAGACAUGUCUUGCAAGGGGAACAAUUUUGUUGGAAUUACUAUUCCCUACUUAUUGAAGAAAAACAGGCGGGACAUCAACCAAUUGUUGGAAUACUACGCCAUGAAAAUGAUCAAUGAAAACCUGUAAACAAGACUGAAAAAAGGCUGCCAUUUAUUUAGUGAUUCACCUGGCUUCGCAUGGGAGCAAUAUAAAAUCAUUAAAUCGAUAAAUGUUGACAUUAUCCAAUUUGGUGCAGUAUUUCUAAAGUUACGAGCGUAUAUACUUUUUGGCGAUUCAAUAUUUUAUUUAUGCAGAUAGAAAAUAAAAGAUUUAGCAAUUUCUUAAGUAUUUACAUAUGUGUACUUUAUUUUUUACAUACUACUUGUAUUUUAAAUUUUAGAACAACUUAUGCAGACUUGUAUUUUAUUGUUAACGAAAUAAACGACUAUGUAUUCAAAACAAAUUGUAUUUUUUUAUGGUUUCCACCUGUAGAUUAGAACAAAAGAGAUCUAAUUUACUGUAAUAAUAGUUCAUUGAAGUUUCACGGUGUAGCCUACUAAGAGGAUCCCGGCUUUGAAUUCCGGUGGGGAAAAUGUUUGUAUGAUGGAUAUAGCAUGUAUGUUUGUUCCUUAGUCAUGGAUAUUUUUAUGUAUUUCUAUAUAAAUAUACCUUCAUUUUGUAUUUUAGCCUGGUAUCCCAUAGAGGUGUCAUUCGGGACCACCAACUUCGGUCCGAAAUGCCGCCUCAAAAAUAAUUAUGAAUUUACAAAGGGGGCUUUCGGGACCGCGGUCCCAGUUCCAUAUGAUCACCGACUCCUCAUUACACAAGCCUUACAGUGUUUACUUUGGGGCUAGGCCGAUUGAUAUUUGUUAGAAAUAUUUAUUAAGGCUUCUCGGUGAUUUGGCGUUUAGAGCAUGCC